ACAACGUCAAUUCCUGCCUGAAUGUGCUGCGUUCUCAGACGGUUUCUGGCUUGGAUAACAUAACCACCAACGACAUCUGUUGUGGCCGACUAAAAGCUGUCUUGGCUCUGUUCUUUGCUUUGAGUCGUUUCAAACAGCAGUCGAAACAAAGUAAAUGUAGUAACGCCACUGCCGCUCUCUCAAUAAAAGCCGAAAUACACCAACAACCCAAUUCAACCACCAAAAACUCAGUAGCGGUAAAUAGUUCAGGCACCACAAGUAGUGGGGUUGGUGAGAAACCCAACUCAGCGAAUUCAACCUCCACCAUACAGAAUGCCAAUGUAGUGGUGGGUAGUAAUGCUCAGCAACAGCAGCAGCAACAACAACACGUACAAUCGAUACAAAACGGCAAUGACACAAUGGUGAAUAGACAAAUACCACAAGCAUAUACCAAAGCCAAUGGCACUGCCAUACCACUGCCGGCUACGGUUAUGGUGCAAAGACGUUGUCCCCCGGAUAAAGUUAGACCUCUGCCGCCCACACCAAAUCAUACACCAUCCAUCCCCGGCUUAGGCAAAAGUGGCAGCGAUUUCAAUAGCAGCCGCCCCAAUAGUCCACCCUCCAGCAAUCACAGUGUACAAAGUUUAAAAAGUGGCAAUAAUAAUGGACUACGACCGCCCAGCGUUAAGUCGGGUAUACCGGCACCCGGCACCAACAUCACACCCACCGUCAAUGGCCCACAAAAGCACUCCAUGCUGGAUAAACUCAAGCUGUUCAACAAGGAGAAAUCCUCUCAGCAGCAGCAACAACAAACCACCUUAAAUCAGGCAAACAAAAAUCAAAUGCAAUCGAAAAGAACCUCCUCAUCUUCAGGUUUCUCCUCGGCACGCUCCGAAAGAUCCGAUUCUAGUUUGAGUCUCAACGAUGGCCAUAUAUCGCAAAUCAAACCACCCACUGUAUCGCUAACAUCGGCCAAUAAAAAUCGCCAGGAUGCUAAAGUUAAACAAACGAAUUUGUUAAAGCAGCAAACCAAAAAGGAGCAAGUGAAAAAUUCCAGUAAAUUGGAUAAAAAAGAGAAAAGUCCGGCCAGAUCAUUGCACAAAGAGGACACAGGCAUGGACAGCAGAUCUUCUACUCUCAACAGAAGUAAGAAUUCGCUGUCUAGAACGGGUCUCAGUAAUGAUAAAUCCAAGACCUCUAGUAGAACUUCAUUGAACAAUAAAUCGGACUCUAAAACCUCUUUGAUAAUGCCACCCUCUAAGGCUUUGAACAGUCCCAAUGGCACGGCUUUGCCCAAACCCAUAGCUGCCAUAAAAGGCACCAGUAAACUACAAUCUGUAACUGACAAUAAAAGUCGCUUGAGCAAUUCCAAUUCUUCGCAAGACAUAAUGAUAAAAAGAGAAAAGAGCGACAUAUCAAACGCACAACAGCAACAGCAUCAUCACAUAUCCAAUCAUGCAGCAACUGCAAGCAACCUACAGCAACAACCACUCACACAUAUCGUUAAACCAGUCAACCUGAUGACUGAAACCCAACACAAACCUCCCUACUAUGCCAAUACAACGCAACAGCAACAUCAAACCCAACAAAUGAUGGCCCAGCAACAUGCAUCACCCCUGCAAGAGCCCACCUACAGCAGAUUGCCUCCUCCCAAAACCGGAGGCGGAGGUUUGGGCACACCCUCAUCCGUAAGAAAAUUGGAAUAUAAUUCCGGUCCCGGAGUAUUGCAGCCUCAACAGCAUUCUCCGCUCAGAAGUCUUACAGCACCAGCCACACAUUCCCAACCGGUCACGCCCACCACACAACCGCCCAAUGGGCUCAUUAAUACAGCAGCCAAUAAAUUCCACACCAUACCCUCCAAGAUAGUGGGCACCAUCUACGAGGAAGAUAAACCGGUAAAUGUACAACCCAUGCGUCCUCUUUUGAGGGGCUACAACUCCCAUGUCACUUUGCCCACACGAGGCUCUAGAGGCACCCACCAUUAUGUGGCCGAUUUCUGUGAGAAUGACAUUAAUCAGGGCUAUUGUAGUGAUGGGGACUCUUUGAGAUUUAGCACCUCACGCAUGGGCCAUCAGUCGCCUCUACAGAGUUCGCCACGUUUUCAUGACAUUGAUAAUGGCUAUUUGUCGGAGGGCAGUAGUGGUAUAGGCCUAACCCAGAAUGGCCAUGGCAAACAUUUUCUGAGCAUGAUGCGAGCCAGGACUCAGCUGCCCACAACCAUAGAAGAAAGAAUUCGCAAUAGUCGCGGCAGUUUAGAUAGCAUAGGCACAGCGGCUGCCUCCUCGGCUGCUUCACAGGCCAGUUCCAGCGGAGGCUCUAAUCCCAAAAUGGACAUGACCAAUGGCCUUAAUGGCUCGGGCAAUAACAGCGCCAACAAUAGUCCCCAGCAUCAUCACAGCAGUCCCAGUCAUCAUCGUUCAUCUUCGCGUAAUGGACGCGACAACUGGUCCAAAAUGCCUGAGCCACUUAAUGGCCAGAAAUCAGAGCACAAAGAGAAAUCCUCACCCUCACGCCGCAGCAUAAGUGGUUCGAAUUCCAAGCAGGGUUCUCCCUCCUCCAGUCGCACUAAGGGGGUACCACCCAGUUUUGGUUAUGUGAAACGUUCGAAUGGCUGUAAUACCGCCACAGCUGAGCAACAAAACAUAGCCAUGAUGAUGGCCACCAAUAGUGGUGGCAGUAGUCCACAGAAUGGAAGAACUGCUCAUGUGUCGGCUGUGCCGAGAACCUCGACGGGGGGCCGUAAGGUGCAGGGGGGUACACAGACUUUGCCGCAUGAAGUGACAAAAAUGCCUUCCAAUCCCCAGCAUCGCAGUUAUUCAUUGACGGGACCAGGUGCCACGCAAUUAAGCCAGUGUAUAAGGGAACGUUUGGCUGGUUCGCACAGUCUACCAAAACCGGGUUCAGAUAUGCACAUGUUUCAACAUAGACUAUCCAAUCGCCCUGGCAAAAUGCUGGACGGCUCUUUAUCCGACACCCAAACGUAUGCUGAGGUCAAACCUGAAUACAGCAGUUAUGCCAUGUGGUUAAAGCACAGCAAUACCGCCGGCAGUCGUCUAUCCGAGGGUGACUCUAUGGAGAAUAUGCAAAUUGGUGGUUCGCCCUCCAUGUCACGGCACAAUCAUAAAAUGAUGCAACAUCGUGCUGCUGCAGCGGCCGCCGUGGCUGCUGCCAAUGCAGCGGCUGCCAAUACGAAUAGUAUGGCGGGCUCGGAGUCACCUUAUGUGCAGAGUCCUCGCUUGAAUCGCAGUAAUAGCAUAAGAUCUACAAAAUCUGAAAAAAUGUAUCCUUCUAUGUUGUCCACCAGGGGAGCGGAGGUUGAAAUUGAACCCUAUUACUGUCUGCCAGUGGGUGCUCAACACAAUGGUGUUUUAUCUGCUCAAAUGGCUGCUGCGGCCGCAAAUGCCCAGGCCAACAAUCACAAUCAACAAAACAAUUCCAUAGCCUGGAGUCAGCCCACCUCACCGACACCCAUUACCCGGGGUUUUAGUGGACCCAUGUCACCUACACACGCCAAUACCAUGCCCAGCAUGCAGGGAUUAUCGCAGGGUUCGACGGCCUCGCAUCGGUUAACGUAUCCUAAAAAGAACGAUGAGGUUCAUGGCAGUACUGCUUCUUUAUUGUCGGGUGGCAGUUCUUUAUAUGGUACUUCAGAGGAGAGACAGGCCCAGGAAAUACGCCGUCUUAAACGUGAAUUAAUGGAAGCUCGAGAACAGGUGUUAAGUCUAAGCGGUCAACUGUCAACAAAUGCUCAUGUGGUGGCUGCUUUUGAACAAUCUUUGUCCAACAUGACAUCACGUCUGCAGCACUUGACGGCCACAGCAGAACGUAAGGAUGGCGAACUAACGGAUAUGCGCCAGACUAUAGAGCUAUUGCGCAAACAGUCCAUACAGGCAGGAUUAACUACCGCUCAUAUGCAAAGCAUGGGUGUGCAGACACAAAGUCAAACUCAAAAUGAUUUACUAAGCAAUAAACCACCACCACUGCCACCCUCUUUGGCCGGACAACAUAUGUCAAGGGCUGCCCAACAUCAUCAGCAACAGCAAUUGGGCUCGAAUGGCCAGCCAGGAGCCAUGCAAAGACAUCCCAGUUCGGAUUCUAUGUGUUCAGUCAACUCCAUAGGUUCCAGUUGUUCGACUCAGGAUAAGAAGCAGAAAAAGAAGGGCUGGCUUAGAAGCUCUUUUACCAAAGCCUUUUCGCGUAAUGCCAAAAUAUCCAAAACUAGUCGUCAUGUGGGUCACAAUCACUCGGGUUCACAGGCCAGUGAUAUAGGCAGUCAUGCCUCCGGGCUAAAUCGCAGUAAUGGUCAUGGUGAACCUCCGGGCUUGUCGGCCUUGGCCACACAACCGGCUCCCAACAUGCCAUCCUCACCCACCAAAUCUAGCCCCGCCAAGACCGUUACUCUGAUAGAUAAUGCCAAACCCAUAGAUGCCAUAGAUCAUGAGGAAAAUACCCAUGUGGUUGAAGAUCUUAAGAAACAAUUGAGGGAAAAGGAUUUAGUGCUCACAGAUAUCAGAUUGGAGGCUUUAAGUUCAGCCUCACAAUUGGAGAGUCUCAAGGAGACGGUGAAUAAAAUGAGAGCCGAAAUGAUGUCGCUCAAGCAAAAUAAUGAGAGACUACAGAAAAUGGUAACCAGCAGAUCUUUGGCUGGUUCAGAGGUCUCUUUGGGUAAUGCUAUUAGUCCCAAUGGUUCCAUAGGUGAAUCAAGGCGUUACUCCUUGGCCGAUGGCAACUCUAGGCCACCCAUGGAAUUGCCCAAAAGAUUAGAAGAGGAGGUAGAAGAGGAAAAUAUACCACCUGCCCCAGCACCAGAACCUCCACCACCUCCAAUUUCACCCACCACCCACAUAGACUUGACACCUCCUCCUCCAGCUUUAGAAGCCAUGUCGAGUCCUGCUCACAUACCCAAUACAGCCGAGGAAAUGCAGGAUGUCAGUGAUGGCAAGAAAUUAGCCAUAGCCUGUUAUUUGGGUCAACCCGAGUCGUUUGGUAAAUACUGCGAGGAAAUGCUGGAGAUAGAUGAUUUUUAUGCCAAUAGCUCAAUGAUUGGCAGCACUUUAGAUGAAAAUGGCGAACGUAAAGCAUUCCCCACGGCCAGUCCCAAUGAGUUUGUUAUUGCUUAUACCUAUAUUUCGGGCAAGACAUCUUGGCAAAAUUUGGAUUAUAUAGUACGCAAAACCUUUAAGGAUUAUGUGUCACGCAUAGACCCAGGCACCAAUUUGGGUUUGAAUACAGACUCCAUAACCUCCUAUCAUUUGGGCGAGGCAAAGCGAGGUCCCGAAAUGGGUUUCCCGGAACUUUUGCCCUGUGGCUAUAUAGUGGGCAAUGUGCGUACUUUGUAUAUUUGUUUGCAAGGUGUAGGCAGUUUGGCAUUUGACAGUCUAAUACCCAGGAGUAUAGUGCAUCGUUAUAUUAGUUUGCUAACCGAGCAUCGUAGACUGAUAUUGUGUGGACCCAGUGGUACGGGCAAAUCAUAUUUGGCCAGACGUUUGGCGGAAUUUUUAGUGGCUCGAUCGGGUAGAGGCAAUCCCUCGGAAGCUAUAGCUACAUUUAAUGUGGAUCAUAAAUCCUCCAAGGAGUUAAGACAAUAUUUAGGCCAUAUUGCCGAGCAGGCUGCCAUAGCUAAUGGUGCCUCUGAGUUGCCUUCUGUGAUUAUAUUGGAUAAUUUACAUCAUGCCUCGGCUUUGGGUGAUGUGUUCUCUUGUCUGUUGAGUGCGGGACCAGCAGCUAAGCUGCCCUGCAUUAUAGGCACCAUGUCGCAGGCCACCUGCAAUACCACCAAUUUGCAAUUGCAUCACAAUUUCCGAUGGGUGUUGACUGCCAACCACAUGGAACCGGUUAAGGGAUUCCUGGGACGCUUCUUAAGGAGACGUUUAUUCCAGCUGGAAUUACAAACCCAACAUCCUCAACCCGAAUUGGCUUCAGUUUUGGCCUGGCUGCCUACUGUUUGGCAGCAUAUUAACAGAUUUUUGGAGGCCCACAGUUCUAGUGAUGUGACCAUAGGCCCCCGUUUGUUUUUGGCUUGUCCUUUGGAUUUGAAAGAGUCUCAAGUUUGGUUUACCGAUAUAUGGAACUAUCAUUUGUCUCCAUAUCUAAUAGAGGCGGUAAGAGAGGGAGUACAGCUCUAUGGCAGGCGAGGAGGAGCUUGGAAUGAUCCCUCAGCAUUUAUCAGAAAUUCCUAUCCCUGGCCUUAUGGUCCCGAUUCAGUGCCACCUUUAAGGCAGAUUAAUGCCGAAGAUGUAGGUUUGGAGGGAGUGGCAGCCAGUAAUGGUGAUAAUCAAGAUCCUUUGUUAAACAUGCUAAUGCGUUUACAAGAGGCUGCCAACUAUUCGGAAAAUCAAGAUCAAGAGUCUGACUGUGCCAGUUUAGAUUCAAAUAUUACUCCCGAUUCUUCAGCCGGAGCUGAAUGAGAUUUAAUGAUGGCCGGCACUAAGCAUUGGUUAUAAAAUCUCUAAGGCUACUUGCAAAAUAAAACUAUAGGAAGAGUAAAAAUUAUAAUUAUCACAAAAAAAAAUAUUAAACAAACUCUAUACAGCUUUUCCCCCAAAGUUUAUAUAUCAUAUAUUUAUAUAAUCAUCAAUAAUAACAACUAAUCUUUAUUUAUAUAAACUUUACACAAACCCUAUACAAACUAUAAAUGUAUUAAAUACCAAAAUUUUUGUAUAUUUUAUAUGAGAAAAUCUAAAAA